UGCUAUUUGUAUUCAUUCUGAUACGAUAACAUGAUUUUACCUCAAUCGUCGAAUGAAUAAAUAUUGUCAUUCAAUCUCUGUUGUAGAUAUCCGAGGCACCAUGUACUCUUUAAUUGGUAGAUUUAUUUCUCGAGUCAACCAAAAAUAUAACACUCGGAGUUGUGUUAUGGCCAUCAGACAGACUGUACAUGAUAAAUCUAUUGACGAUAUGGCGCAUCCAAAAUGCCUACCUUUGCUCGGAACUAAAUUGGAUUUAAUGCUAGCAGGCGGUGGAACAAUGUUGCACGAAUAUAUUGACAAGAGACACAAAGAACUAGGACCCAUUUUUUACGAAAAAUUAGGAUGUAACACGAAACUCGUUUUCAUAAGCGAUCCGCUUAUGAUAAAGACAGUGUUUCUAAGCCUUGAAGGAAAAUAUCCUAUGCAUAUAUUACCCGAACCGUGGGUUUUGUAUGAAAAACUUUAUGGCUCCAAGCGAGGACUUUUGUUUAUGAACAGUGAAGAAUGGUUAGUGAAUCGCCGAAUAAUGAACCAACAUUUACUUCGAGAGGGUUCUAUUGAAUGGUUAGAAGAUCCUAUUAAAACUACAGUCAAAAAGUUUGUCCACGCUUGGAAAGGAAGAAUCGAAAAAGGGCAUACAAGAGUGAAUUUAGAAUCUGAUAUGUACCGACUAUCGACAGAAGUUAUGUUAGCUAUACUUGCUGGUGCAUCAUCGAAUGGUGUCAAACAUUCAGAAGAGAUGUUUUCCAACUUCUCAGAGACCGUAAAACAGAUAUUUCAAACCACAACCAAAUUGUAUGGUUUGCCAUUAAAUAUCUGUCAACGUUUAAAUUUGAAAGUAUGGAGAAAUUUCAAGGAAUCUGUAGAUGCAUCGCUUCAUUUGGCACAGAGUCUGGUAUCAGAAAUGAUAAUCAAAAGAGAAGAAGGCGACGGUCUUAUACAAAAACUUCUCAAAGAUGGGGUAAACGAAGAAACAAUAGUACGGUUAGCUGCAGAUUUCAUAUUAGCUGCUGGUGAUACGACUGCUUAUACCUCAAUUUGGAGCCUGUAUCUAAUUUCACAAGACGAUAGUGUUAAACACGAAAUACGCACAAGAGAUGUGGGAUACGUGAAAAAUGUGCUGAAAGAGUCUAUGCGACUUUAUCCAGUAGCUCCAUUUUUGACAAGAAUUUUGCCAAAAGAUUGUAUUCUCGGCGAAUACAAACUAAAUUUUCAUACCCCAAUAAUAGCAUCAAUUUACACCUCUGGACGAGAUGAGCAGUACUUUACCAAAGCAAAUAUGUUUUUACCUUUCCGCUGGGACAGAAAUGAUCCGAGAAGGAAAAAUCUUGCCAACCACAAACCUUCAGCAACAUUGCCCUUCGCGCUCGGCGCCAGGUCGUGUAUAGGCAAGAAGUUGGCAACGAUGCAACUAACAGAGUUCCUGAGUCAGAUUGUAAACAACUUUGAUUUCAAGUGUACAAAUAGUGGAAAAGUGUUCCCAGUCACGUCACAGGUUCUUGUGCCCAAUGAACCUAUUCAACUGACUAUAUCACAUAGGAAUAUUUGAGGAAAAUUGAUAGGUAAAAAGUUUUUUUUUUUAAUUAUAUUUUUCAAUGAUUAUAAGGAAAUUAACACAAUUGAUAAACCCUCUUAUCUAAAUUCUAAGUCAAUACAUUAAUGUGUAAAAUAUAUAUUUUUAAAGUUUUAAUACAUGAGAUGCAAAUAUACAUGUACUUAUGAAUAAUUAUUUCAUAAAACCAACUGCACCAAUUCUUGGGUAAUUCUUAAGAGACAGGGAUCUUAGUGUGUGGCAGGCACUUAAAAUAUUACUAAUAAUGCCCUUAUUCAAAGCGUUUUUAGUUUUCUACGAUCCCAUAUCCUAGCUUAGCUAUGAUAUAAUUUUCAAUAAAUUUCUACAGGGCCGUGCGCGUUUGACGGUUUGCCAUCUUGUGGUCUGAAUCGGAAACAUAAACUAUACUCUGACACUUUACGCCAAAGCAAGUGCUGCCCUCUGCAGUCGACGUACGUUUUCUUUUGCAUUGUAAGUUCUGCCAUCUUGUGGGCUACAUUGGAAGCAUUAACUCGACAUUUACACUCCUAAACGAGUAUGUGAUAUAAAUAUUAUGACGUUCCAUGCAAAGGAAUGUAUAAAAUAAUAUUUCAUUUAUAGUCCAUCUAUGUCAAGUCAUAUUUAGAUCAGCUUGACUUAGAAGAACUCCCUCUCUCUCUCUUUAAAUCGAGAGUGAAUAGACAUCUCUUAGGUAAGCAUGUUCCAUCCUAGACUGCAUCGGCACUUCCCAUCAGGUGAGAUUGUGGUCAAAUGUUUACCUUUUUCUAAUAAAAAAAAAACUAUUAACUUGUUUUAAAA